UCUAGUACUAUUUAUAUAUAGAAGCACACGCAUGCGUUACGAUAUUGAUUAGCACAGCAGAGAGAGAGAGAGAGAGAGAGAUGAGGAGAGAGAGUAGCUGUCAUCCAUUGUUGAGAGGAGGAAGAGGAGAGAGGAAAUACAGGCAUGGGUUCUCAGAAGGGGAAAUGAAGUCACUGGGAAGCAUAUGUGAAGUUGUGUUGCCAUCUUUGCCAUUGGAAGCUCUUCGCACUCAGACUCGUUCAAAGCCUCUUUCGUCCUUCUGGUCCUCGUCUGCUUCUCGCUUUCCCAUCCCUCAUGAGGUUGCAGAGACGUUAGCGAAGAGGGGUUUGAUAGAGGCACUGAUACUGGUAAGAGUGAUUCUAUGGCUGCUUUCGACAAGGCUAGGGACUUUGUUGCUGUGUGGGUCUCUGUGUCUCAGUGGGAAAUGGCCCUUCCUCAACAAUUUCUCAAACAUCCCUUUGCACCAAAGAGAGAAGGUUCUGCAGUGCUGGCUCCAGCAUCGCUUCCUUACUCCUAUCAGGCUCGCUUUCGCUUACAUCAAAGUCUUAUGCCACUUCGUUUACUUCUCUUGGGUUGAUGAGAAUGGUGACAACCCAGCAUGGAAAGCUAUUGGAUAUGAGGUGCCUGCAGAUGAUGGGACACCAAGCAAUGACUCUGACACGAGGCCUCUUCAGAAGGGAAUCAUAGAAACCAUUUGUGAGUCUGAUUCAACUCUGCAACAAUCUCUGGCUGAGAAAGGCCUCCAUGUCACACUGGACUCUCGAAGCAACACCCUGAGGGUCAAAUGUGAUGUAGUGAUUGUGGGGUCCGGUAGUGGUGGGGGAGUUGCUGCUGCUGCUCUUUCAAGUGCAGGCCACAAGGUGGUUGUUAUUGAGAAAGGCAACUACUUCACAGCCAAGGAUUAUUCUUCCCUUGAAGGCCCUUCCAUGGAUCAAAUGUAUGAAACUGGAGGGAUCCUUGCUUCUGUGGACUCUAGAAUCCUGCUUCUUGCAGGAUCAACUGUAGGAGGUGGCUCUGCUGUGAAUUGGUCUGCUUCCAUUAAGACCCCACCUGAAGUGCUUAGUGAAUGGUCUGAGAGCCAUGGGCUUUCCUUCUUUUCAAGCCCCGAGUAUUUGUCUGCAAUGGAAUCUGUGUGUAAAAGGAUUGGAGUCACUGAGAAUUGUACGGAGGAGGGUUUUCAGAAUCAAGUCCUCAGAAGAGGGUGUCAAAAUCUUGGCUUGAAAGUUGAUUAUGUUCCUAGAAACUCAUCUGGGAAUCAUUACUGUGGUUCUUGUGGUUAUGGCUGUCCAAGAGGAGAGAAACAAGGAACCCAACUUACAUGGCUUGUAGAUGCUGUGGAUCAUGGGGCGGUAAUUGUUACUGGAUGCAAAGCUGAGAGGUUCAUGUUGGAAGGUAAAAAGACUGGAAGUGACAGGAAGAAGAAAUGCUUAGGAUUGAUGGCAAAAGCUUUAAGCAGCAGAAUCACAAUGAAGCUGGAGUUUGAGGCCAAAGUGACAGUUUCUGCAGGCGGGGCUCUUUUGACACCUCCUCUAAUGAUCUCUAGUGGGCUGAAGAACAAGAACAUUGGGCGAAACCUUCACCUUCACCCUGUUCUAAUGGCUUGGGGAUACUUCCCAGACAACUUUUCAGAAUUCAAAGGAAAAGUCUACGAGGGAGGCAUAAUCACAUCGGUCCAUAAGGUGCAAUCAUCAAGUGAUUCCAAGUCCAAUACAAGAGCCAUCAUUGAGACUCCCUUUUUGGGACCAGCAAGCUUUGCCUCAUUAUUCCCUUGGCAAUCUGGACUUGACUUCAAACAAAGGAUGCUGAAUUACUCAAGGACUGCCCAUCUGAUCACAAUAAUCAGAGACAAUGCUUCUGGGCAAGUGACAUCAGAGGGAAGGAUCAGCUAUAAGUUGAAUGCAAUAGACAGAGAGAACAUGAAGGCUGGGUUGAAGCAGGCAUUGAGGAUUCUAAUAGCUGCCGGAGCAACUGAAGUAGGAACUCACAGGAGUGAUGGGCAGAGAAUGAAGUGUAAUGGGAUCAGUGAAAAGGAAGUGGAAAAGUUCUUAGACAAUGUGUAUCCAGCAGAGGGGGCUUUAUCACCAGGUAAGUAUUGGAAUAUAUACUGUUCUGCUCAUCAGAUGGGAAGCUGCAGAAUGGGAGUGAAUGAGAAAGAAGGAGCAGUUGAUGAGAAUGGGCAAAGCUGGGAAGCAGAGGGCUUGUUCGUCUGUGAUGGCAGUGUGCUUCCAACUGCAGUUGGCGUGAAUCCCAUGAUCACUAUCCAGUCAACAGCAUACUGUAUUUCAAGGAGAAUUGCACAAUUUCUGACAGCAGAGCAAAUCUCUAAAGUUCAUUGAUGGUUUUUUCCUCAUAGGAAGCUUGAUUAUCUAGUGGAUAAAAUGCAGCACUCUUUAUAUCCAGUAGUCAUGCUUUGUUGUUAGGAAGAGCAAAUUAACGCUUGAAGUGAGUUUGUUAUAUAUCUCUGCAUAAUAUUGGGAUUGAAAUCAUAUAAUGAAGUUAUUUACUUGUCAAUUUCUUAUGUUGUUAUCAUGUAUUUUAUCUAUAACUUAUACAAACUUUGGAAAUAAUAACGUCGAUAUUUUUUUU